UGUCCAGCACUGGCACCUCCACAUCACACACAAACCAAUGCACUUCUCUAUCCAUUAAGACUGUCCUGGUUGUGUGUUUGAAUAUCGCCUUUUAUUGUCACAUUUUGUUUGACAAUAGAUGCUGUGAGAUCCCACACUGCUCCAUUUGUCUCUGAGCCACGGUUCCAGGUUCAGGAGCUGCUCAAGCCUGGUGGCUAUAUCAAUGCAGCGCUGAGUGAGUGCUGUGGCCGGAAUGAUCUCAUGCUGAAUGAUGUCUGUGAGGUUUGCAGAACCAGAUGUGGUCCUCACAGGGACCUGUCCAGGGAUGUGUCCGGAUCGAGAGAGGGAUGAACGACAGAGACAGAAGAGACUUCAUAAGUUUGAAAUCCUGGAGGGAACUGUGAGAGACCGGCUGCCCAGCGCUGACCCACGGAGAAUAGUGAAGGAAUAUUCACGACCAGCAGCUGGAAAAGAACCUGCUCAACAAUAUGAGCUCCGUCCAGCCAGUGUCCUCCUUAAAACUGUCCAUUAUCUGAUCGAUGAGAUUGUCCCACGGCAUGAGGAGCCCUGGGUGGAAGUCUAUGAUUAUGUGUUUGACCGACUGCGUAGUGUGCGUCAAGACAUGACCAUCCAGAAGGUCAGUGGGCCUAUCGCAGUGACCAUUCUGGAGAAGAGUCUACGCUUUUUCCUCUGUGCCUCAUACUGGUUGUGUGAGGAACCCAUUCAGGUUUUUGAUCCAAAAAUGAAUGAUAUUCAUGUUCAGGAGUGUUUCAGUUUGCUACUUGCCAACUAUUCUGCUGGGAUUUAUGAAAAUGAAGCUGAAUUUCAGGCUCUGGCCAUUCUCUAUAACCUGGGUUCAGUGAAAGCUCUUCAACACGCCUUACUCCUGCCCCAUCACAUCCGAGAUUCACCUGACAUGAAGCUGGCAUUUGGCAUGAACCGAGCUUUCGCAGAGGGAAACUAUGUGCGAUGUCUGCGACGAGCUGGCAGUUUGUCCUUCCUGCAGAGCUGUGCAAUUUAUCGGCACAUUCAGCAGUUCCGGCAUCACCUGCUUCGGGUGUUUAACCAUGGUUACAGCAGCCGUAACUGUCGCUACCCUCUCCAGAGGCUGGCAAACCUACUGGGCAUGGACAGCAUACCCUCAGCUGCUGAGCUUUGUCAGCGCCAUAACCUGGAGGUGACAGGUACCUCCGUGUGCUUCCAGAAGAGCUGCUAUAGAGAUUUUGGUCCUGGGACACGGCAACGAGAACUGGGAUUGGUCAGCAAAAAACAAGGAAGCAAGUCAAAGUCAAGCAUCAUUCACGGCGAUUGAGUUAAACUGGACUGAACAGCAGCUGACAAGGGCAGCUCCUCUUGUACACUCUCAGCUUCUCAACUUUCAAACAUCUUUGGCCACAGUGAACUAAUCCAGGUGCAAUCUGCCCAGCCACAUUAUUAGAUAGUGUCCUAUCGGCUGUUAUGAAGGGAUUAGUGUGGGCAGUGAAAGAGCUUCUGGGAGUGCUUCAUGGGAAGAGUGUCGAGGGAGUUUUAUUCUGUGCCUGGCCCCGUGCUGUCCCUGUCCUGGGAAUGUUUGAUGGAGACAGUUGCAUUUCCAGCAUCAACAUCCCCAGCAAUAAAUGUACACUAAAGGCAGUUGGAGUGUUUGCAUUUUGUGACGUCGAUUGACUGGGUCUUCCACUGGGCUUUUUGUUCUGAUGGAAAAUGAACCCCUGCCAUUCUGACUGUGAGAUUAAAUCCCAGUUCAGGAAUCUUCCUCUUACCUUUCUUUGAAUUUUCAUUGUUUAAUACAUUUUGAAUGUGAUAAAAUGAAAUUAUAUUUUAAGGAGUGCUUUGAUAUAAAAUUUAUAAAAUCAAUAUAUCUGUGCUCUGACUAUAGAAUGGUUGACCUCUUACCUGUGACAGCCUGCUAGAAAGCUGGUACAGUAGAAUUGAAAACACAAAAUAAAGAUGAUCAUUUUUACAAAAUCUAAAUAUCUUCAGAGGUUUGCCAAGUACUUUGCAGCCAAUGAAGUCACUGUUGUAAUUUAGAAAUUGCAACAGCAAAUGUUCACACGAUCAGACGUCUCAAAUAGCAGUUAAAUAAAUGACCAGAUGAUGAUUGUUUUAGGGAUGUUGAUCAUGCAAUAAAUAUUAAUCUUGACACUGGCAAGAAAUUCCUUUCAAAUUGUUUCUGUUGCUGACUUUCAAUGGGGAGAUCUGAGGGGGCUUCGGUUUCACAGCACACAACGCCGGACCCUCUCACUGCUGGGGUGUCAGCUUGGAUUAUGGGCCUGAGUUCCUGGAUUGGGACCUGAACCCACAAGGUGUUGAUGCAGAGAGAGAGUGUUCUCUACUGAGUCACAGCUGACGGAGAAGAGAUAAUGCUAUAAUUGACCUGUGGGGAGCUGCAUUGGAACUGUUUCGGUUUUAAAAAAAGAAACCCAAACAUGACAGACACUGAUCAUCGGAAACACAAAAAUAUAGAAAAUGUAGCAAGCUGUCCACAGCAAAUGUUGACCAUUCUGGUAAAUAAAUUUAGAGGUGAAUUUUCCUGGCAGUUGUUCUUUUUAAUCACUGUGUGCUAUCAGACCUGUUGAGAACUUCCAGUCAGUUUCUGUUUGUUUCGUUUGGCCAUUUAGUGAGCUGUAUCUGGACAGAGUGAUGUGUACAAAAGCCUGUGGCUGGAGGUUGCUGUGAGCUCAGGCACCUGGACAGACAUGGCUCAGAGCAAUGAGUAUGAAGAAGACAGGCUUCACAUUUCGCCUGAUGUUUCUAUUAUUCUCAAAUAUUGGCCCACUUCUUUAAAACAACAAAUUACAGAUCACUGGAUAGAAACACAAAGGAUAUUCCUCCAAAGGGACUCAGUUCCAGAAUUCAAUCAGUGAAGACAAUUUAUUGAGUUACCAUUUUGUAAAGUUGGCUGGGAAUCCCAGUGAAGCUAUUAACAGAGACUAAGGGUCAUGUCAGGAGGGCUUUUUCAACACAAAGUGUGAGUGGAAAUCAAAAAGUCUCUUCUCCAUAAAACAAAUAGUUUUUGUUAGGAAGCAGCAAAGGGACCUGAACUAGUAAACGGAGUUCAGGAAAAGAGCAGCCAUGAUAUAGCUGAGUUGAUGGAAUGAAUGGUCUCUUCUGAGAUUUUGCUAAACAAGUUUCUUUUCACUUUUCAUUUGCUUUAUUUGAGUUUGCAGACUAAUAGAUGUGAUAUCUUUCUUUCUGAUUGUUAGUCGGGAACUGCUGUUUGAUAUCUAGAUUUUUUUUGCAAGGAGUUUUGUUUGUUUUGGUAAGUUCCCAUCACAACAUGAACAUCCAGCCUUGACUAGCGUUGCAACGAUUCCUGUGGCCACCAGUGGGUGGAACUGUCUUCCCAAGAAACAGAGACCGGCUGCUAACCUACCAGAACUGCAUGCUUUGUUUUAAAUAUCUAUCGCCAUAAGUAUGUCCCAUGCUGUGAGGAACACGGCUUUUCAGAGGCAACCAUGUUAAUUUGUAGAUGAAGUCUAUUUAAUAUCUCCUUACUUGCUCUGUCGGUCCCAAAGGUGACAUUGACGGCAGCAUACAGCCUGAGUCCACUAAGGCAAAGUGGGAGUCAGGACCCCAAGUAGGCCUGGGAGCUCAUGAGCAGCAAUGGCUAUGUGCCCCUGCUCCAGUCACUGUCAGGUUUUCCUCCCCCCUUUAUUGGUCUUCUCCCCAACCCCCCACCAACCACUCUCAAAGAGAGUCACAACAAUUUUCAAGGCUGAGACUGGCUCACAGUGGAGUUGGUAAACAGUGCACUAAGGAGAGCUCUCAGCUUUAGCUCUGAAACCCUAAGCCAAUGUUCUUCUGCCUGGCCUCUUGUCUUCCAUUCUCUGUAGCUCAUCCAGAAGCUGCAACCUAUUUUCACCUAUCACCUGGGGUUCCCUGACCAACAUUAGCUCCUUGUCCAGCAGUGCUUCCAUUUAAAAAAUAUUGUCUUUGUUUUCAGUCGCUUUCUGGCUUCAUCUCUUCACUUGCAUUGAGUUAGUCUGGUCCAGCCACUGCUGAAGUCUCUGUAUUUGUCAGUUGUGAUUCCUGCCCAGCUGCCGUUGACGACAUGUUUCCAGCUCCUGAAAGCAAACUCUGGAAUUCGUUUCCUAAACCUCUCCUUCAAAACCUUCCUCAAGACUAAAAGUCACACAACACCAGGCUCCUUCAUCAGGUACAAAAAUCAGAUUGCAUCAAGCAUUAAUCAGGGGUAAACCCCAGAGAUUUAAUAUGUUUGUUCUUGUGGUCAGUUGAGUUCGGGGUGAAGUUAAGAUUCCAUUCAGACGGAAGCACAUCAUUGCACUGACAAAUAAAACGCUAACAAAUUCCCAUGGGUACCCAUGUGUACAUGGGUACACAAUCACCUGAUGAAGGAGCGUCGCUCCGAAAGCUAGUGUGCUUCCAGUUAAACCUGUUGGACUAUAACCUGGUGUUGUGUGAUUUUUAACUUUGUACACCCCAGUCCAACACCGGCAUCUCCGAAUCAUUCCUCAAGACUGCCCUCUUUGGCCAAGCUUUCUUCACAACUAUUGGAGCACAUCAUUCAAAUGUAUAUGUAAAUGCAAUAUUGUUGCAGGGAGACAGUGUGUCCUCUCUUAUGGGUAAACAGGAACUGAACCCAUGGGAAUUUGUUAGCGUUUUAUUUGUCAGUGCAAUGAUGUGCUUCUGUCUGAAUGGAAUCUUAACUUCACCCCGAACUCAACUGACCACAAGAACAAAAAUAUUAAAUCUCUGGGGUUUACCCCUGAUUAAUGCUUGAUGCAAUCUGAUUUUUGUACCCCGAUACUCACCUGGAUAAACUUUAGUUACCCAAUUUAUUUGUAUUCCAGAGAUUGAGGUGCAAUUCACUGGAAAAGGGUGGGACGAAUUGGAGAGUUCUGUCUUAAGAAUGCAGACAUCAUACAGUGAAUGGCCUCAUUCUGUUCUGUAUUAGAUAUGCCUUAACUUAAUUUUCAUAAGGGUGUGCCUAUUAGUCACUGAAUGCAUCAGAAGCAUGAGGCAAAAUGAUGGGAUAAUGUUAACUGGAGACUCUAAUUCUGAAAGAGAACUCUCAUACACUGUUGCAACAACAUGUUUCAUGGUCACUGUAUAACUUAUAACGGAUAUUAAGAGGUUUCUUUAACUGACUGCUUGCAAAUAAUCUUAAUGUCAAUGUGCAAGAAUAAAGAUUUUUAAUUAAAAGUCUAGUCUUAAAAUAAUAUUUCCUUUCCGAUUGUGCUCAGCAUAUUUGUUACAGAGACUCUGUUGGGCUGCGAGGGGAUUAUUCACAACCUCCCUCUCACCAGUUAUUGAAGACAUGUAUGUACUGAACACACUCGCAUCUCAGGAGAAAGUGAGGGCUGUGGAUGC